UACAACAGCAAAAAUAUUCGCUUUCUUUCGGUAGUAGUAGCAUACUACGGGAAGACGCGUGUGUUAACUUUUUAAAAAGAAUUUACGUUGCUGGAACUUGUUUUCCUUGUAUUGUGCUAAUACUGCUAAAGACAAAAAUAUUUUUGAGCAAAUGGCCAAACGACGAAUUGAAGUAAUGGAUCCAUUCAUCAAGAAGCGAAGGGAAGAAAAAGGAAUGUUGGAUGAAGGAGCUUCCUCUAGCAAAAGUGCAAAUAGUGUCCUUUCAACCGGAACCUCGGCUUCUGGCAGAAUAAAUCCAUUGAAUGGUCAACCGUUUUCACAAAACUAUUUCAAUUUGUACAAGAAGCGUAUCACUUUGCCGGUUUUCGAAUAUCGAGCGGAUUUUAUGCGAUUAUUGUCGGAAAAUCAAUGCAUCGUACUCGUCGGUGAAACCGGUUCUGGUAAAACAACUCAAAUUCCUCAGUGGUGUGUGGAUUUUGCCAAAGCUAGUAGUAACAAAGGGGUUGCUUGUACUCAACCUCGUCGUGUUGCCGCUAUGUCCGUAGCACAACGAGUUUCUGAAGAAAUGGAUGUCGUACUGGGAUUUGAAGUUGGAUAUAGUAUUCGUUUCGAGGAUUGUUCAUCUCAGAAAACAAUUCUGAAGUAUAUGACUGACGGUAUGUUGCUUCGUGAAGGAAUGAGUGAUCCAAUGCUAGAGGCAUAUCAAGUUAUUCUUCUUGACGAAGCUCAUGAACGUACAUUGGCUACGGAUUUACUAAUGGGUGUUUUGAAGGAAGUAAUUCGGCAACGAAAGGAUUUGAAGUUGGUUAUUAUGUCUGCAACUUUGGAUGCAGGCAAAUUUCAACAAUAUUUUGACAAUGCGCCGUUGAUGAAUGUUCCUGGUCGAACACAUCCUGUAGAAAUUUUUUACACGCCUGAGCCGGAACGAGAUUAUCUCGAGGCUGCUAUUCGUACUGUAAUACAGAUUCAUAUGUGCGAGGAUAUUGAAGGAGACAUUCUAAUGUUUCUCACAGGCCAAGAAGAGAUAGAAGAAGCAUGUAAACGCGUAAAGCGUGAGAUAGACAAUUUGGGUCCAGAGGUGGGCGAAUUGAAAUGUAUUCCUCUCUAUUCAUCCCUUCCUCCAAAUAUGCAACAAAAGAUUUUUGAACCAGCUCCCCCAAAGCGAUCAAAUGGUGCAAUUGGACGAAAAGUCGUAAUUUCUACAAAUAUUGCUGAAACAUCGUUGACAAUCGAUGGAGUUGUGUUUGUGAUUGAUCCAGGGUUCUCCAAGCAAAAGGUAUACAAUCCACGUAUCCGAGUGGAAAGCUUGUUAGUAUCCCCAAUCAGUAAAGCUUCCGCACAGCAACGAGCUGGUCGUGCAGGUCGUACCAGACCAGGCAAAUGUUUCCGUUUGUACACAGAAAAGGCUUACAAAACUGAAAUGCAGGAAAACACUUAUCCAGAAAUUUUAAGAUCUAAUUUGGGUACCGUUGUUCUACAGUUGAAAAAGCUAGGAAUCGAUGAUUUGGUACAUUUUGAUUUUAUGGAUCCACCGGCACCAGAAACUCUGAUGAGGGCACUCGAACUUCUCAACUAUUUAGCAGCAUUAGACGAUGAUGGAAAUUUAACUGAUCUCGGGGCCGUCAUGGCGGAGUUCCCAUUAGAUCCUCAAUUGGCAAAGAUGUUGAUUGCGAGUUGUAAUCACAAUUGUUCGAAUGAAAUACUCUCCAUCACUGCAAUGUUGUCGGUCCCGCAGUGUUUCGUACGUCCGAAUGAGAUGAAAAAGGCAGCCGAUGAUGCCAAGAAGCGUUUCGCCCACCUUGAUGGCGACCAUUUGACGCUUUUGAACGUCUAUCACGCCUUCAAGCAGAAUAAUGAAGAUCCCAGUUGGUGCUACGAUAACUUCAUCAACUUUCGAUCGCUGAAAUCUGCUGACAACGUACGUCAACAACUAGCCAGGAUAAUGGAUCGGUUUAACUUGAAACGUACAAGUACGGACUUUAACACGACUAAUUAUUAUUUCAAUAUUCGGAAAGCUUUGGUGCAGGGAUUUUUUAUGCAGGUUGCCUACUUGGAACAAACAAAGCACUAUGUUACUAUUAAGGAUAACCAGAUAGUACAAUUGCAUCCAUCUACUUGUCUUGGACACAGGCCGAAUUGGGUUAUGUAUAACGAAUUUGUGCUAACCACAAAGAACUACAUUCGAACAGUUACCGACGUUAAGCCGGAGUGGUUGUUAUUAAUAGCGCCACAGUAUUAUGAUAUGAACAACUUCCCGGAAUGUGAAGCUAAACGUCAACUAGAAGUGAUAUCUGCGAAACUGGAAUCGAAACAAUUUCAACAAGGAUUCUAGAAAAGUUGGUUUUUUCAUCUGUAGUGUAUUCGUACUUUUAGCAACACAAAAAUCCUGUUCUAGAUUAAUAUUAUUUGGGAUCCCCGAGUGAAAAGCACACACCAUCUCACAUAUGCGUAAUGAUAUGAGCUACAAAUCCACACAUUGCAAAUAGUAAUAAACGUAUAGGUAUCAUUUCGAAUUAGGAACGUUAAAUGAACUAAAGAGUA